CCAAGGCCCAAUGGCCUGGUGCCAGGACUCCAAGGUUUAAAACACUGUCUCUUGAACACUGACUAUUCAGCAUUCUUGUUGUAACUACCUGGGAGGCAGACAGUCUCGGAAAGGAAUGAGCUGCGUAGGGCAUCGAUAAAGCGCGUUUCCUGGGUUCUUAGAGAUCGCGCGUACAGAAGCAAGAAGUAUAACGCUGUCGUACGUGCGUCUAACUUCUGUCUCCUUCCUCUCUUCCUCUUUUAUGUUUUUCAGCGUCUUCUUUUCGAAAAUAAACAAGGCUUUUCGUGCGGUUCUUCGUGGUCCCGCUAGCAAAGUCUUAAGCAAACUACAGGUUAGGAUCGAGAUGAAAGUGCAAGAAAGCAAACGUACUAAAGCACCUUCCCUGUUUUAUACCUUUAGAUACGAGAGAUUGACUUCGGUAACGACUUUGUGAGCGUCAACAAGAUGGCAGUGGAAAGUGUCACUCUGCAUGAGAUUUGGAAGACAAUCGAGGAGCUGGACAUGUUCUGCAGCUUCGAGUAUCCGGGCGGCUUCUCCAUCGGCAUUGACGCCGAGCUCAACAUGGGAGCCCUGGCGUCCGUGGUCAUCAAGGUACACCGCUUAGCAGUCAAAGGCCGCCUGCAAUUUUCCCGGAAGCCAUACACCCACUGGUCCUUCGCCUUGUACGAGGAACCGAAGGUGUCCUUAACAGUAGAGUCAUCGCUUCAAGGUCAAAAUUAUCCGCAGUUAGCGAGAGCAGUGACUGGAAUGGUGCGACGCAAGCUUCGUUCGAAGUUCAACCUGCCGACUUACGUGAUAGCGAUCAAGCCUUUCUUCCUGAUCCCUGAGCUUCGCGUUCUUUCCACGCACCACGAGAAGUUGAGCCAGACCGGAACCCUCGAGAUAACCGUCGUGGAGUGCUCCAGACUUGUACUCUGCGAAGGCUCUUUCCAGCUGUACUGCAUGAUCUCUCUGGGUAAGGAGAUAUGGUGCCAUUAA